UUCCAGAGUUGUCCAAGCUGCCAUAUGAGGCGCUUGAAACCACUGUAGGAAUGUUGCAAGGUUAUGCAAAAACAGCAAGUCUCCCUUUCCCAAACAUUCCCCUCUGCCAGCUUCUCUGCUCACAAAGGCAGCAGUUUUCCUCCACCCACUACAGAAGCCUCGAUAAAAACCUCUUCUGGCUCAUCCUGAAUUCACAAAGAAGGCUACUGGAUGACCUUUCUGGGUGUACGGAUCACCUAAAAUGUAUUUUACAGCAGAAAUUAUCUUUGCAGAAUAACUUUAAAAAACUGAAAGAAUAUCAAACUAUCAGCAAUGUGUAGAUUAUCUGGGGGCAUGAGGAAAGCAGUCCACUCUGUGCUCUUCUUUGGGGCAAGUGUAAUCUUGCUAGGUGGUCUUGGCUGCAUGUGUGACUAUGAUGGCAAAGUGGACUCAGAGAAGGCGGGAAAGCCCAGGCCACCGCACCUUAUCUUCAUCAUGGUGGACGACCAGGGUUACGGAGACAUCGGGUAUCACGGCUCAGACAUCCACACUCCUGCGCUGGACCAGCUCGCAGCAGAGGGCGUGAAACUGGAAAAUUAUUACGUCCAGCCUAUUUGCUCACCCUCUCGCAGUCAGCUCAUGACCGGACGUUACCAGAUUCACACUGGUCUCCAACACUCGAUCAUCCGGCCGCGACAGCCCCUCUGUUUGCCUCCAGACAUUCCCACUCUACCUGAACGUCUGGCUGAGGCUGGAUACGCCACACACAUGGUUGGGAAAUGGCACCUGGGCUUCUCAAGGCCAAACUGCCUGCCCACGCAACGUGGAUUUCAGAGUUUCCUGGGAACCCUGACGGGCAGCGGAGACCACUUCUCCUAUCAGAGCUGCGACGGGGCAGAAGCGUGUGGAUUUGACUUGCACGACGGGAGCAGGCCUGCCUGGGAGAUGAGAGGGAACUACUCUACGCUGCUUUACAUUCAGAGAGUUAAGAAGAUUUUGCAGAGCCACGACUCCCGUACACCGCUCUUCCUCUACCUGUCCCUCCAGGCUGCACACACUCCCCUGCAGGCACCAGACCUUUUUCUGCGACACUAUAACACACAGGGCAAUCGUCAAAGGCGUCACUACGCAGCUAUGCUAAGCUGCUUAGACGAAGGGGUUGCACAGCUUGUCAACGAGCUGAAGACCAGUGGGCUCUAUCAAAACUCUGUCCUGAUCUACUCAUCUGAUAACGGUGGACAGCCACUCUCAGGCGGGAGCAACUGGCCACUGAGAGGAGGCAAGGGGACCUACUGGGAGGGAGGCAUCCGGGCUGUGGGGUUUGUCCACAGUCCCCUUUUGAAGAGGAAGGGGAUCGUAAGCAGAGCCCUGAUCCACGUUUCUGACUGGUAUCCCACAUUGCUCGGGCUUGCAGGGGCCCUGCGAUCCCAUCGCGACCUGGACGGCCAUAACGUCUGGGGUAGCAUUGGCGAGGGCUUACCCUGCCCUCGCACGGAAAUCCUUUUCAAUAUCGACCCCGUGUCCAGGAAACCCGGGGAGCCAUAUGACAAGGCGCUGGUACUCAAUGGCUUCGGGAUCUGGGACACAGCUGUGAGAGCCGCCCUGAGGGUUGGAGAUUGGAAGCUAUUGACAGGAAAUGUGGGCGAUGGAGACUGGAUACCGCCACAGGCUCUUCCGGUUGGCCCAGAACGGUGGCAGAAACUCGAGAAGCGGCGCAACAAGCUGGGGAAGUCGGUGUGGCUGUUUAACAUCAGCGCCGACCCAUAUGAGAGGUUCGACCUCGCCGAGGUUCGACCAAAGGUGGUGAAACAUCUGCUGGUCAGGCUGGCAGAGUAUAACCACACAGCUGUGAUGGCCAGGAACCCACCAGAUGAUCCCAUGGCUGAUCCAGAGCUACACGGAGGUGUAUGGAGCCCCUGGCUGGGCCUGGAGGGGCAAGAAGAAAAUAAGAAAGAUGACGACGCCAAAAAGGAGAAGAUCUUAAAGGUUAAACAUUGCAAAUUAUGCAAAUUAAGAGCCCUUUUCAAAAAAGUGGGAUCACGUUUGGAAAGAAAAACACUUUUCUAAAUCUCUUUUUCAGGAAGCUACAUGUAGUACCUUCCGAAAUAAGUCAUACCCCUUGAACUUUUUCACAAACCACCCACUUUAAAGUAUCUUAUUCUGGAUUUAUGUGACAAAGUACCACCUAACUCUAAAGUGAAAGGGCAAUAAUAAAUGGUUUAAAGGAGUUUUCUCAAAAA